AUGGAGAGAUGCAUUAGCAAAGCGAUGGACAAUGUUCGAAGCGGUGAAAAUCUUAGCAAUGAGAUUAUGCAAGCACAAAUGUGGUUUGGUGCAAUUGGGCAAGGCAAAAAAUAUUUUAACCAUCAAGAAUGUUGGGAGGUGGUGAAAAAUUGCAAACGUUUUAGAAUUAUUCCCACGGGUCCGCCCGUUGUGUUAAACAAGAUGUCACUCCAUGAUUCACCAACAUCAGAUUCGCCUUUGGAUUCCCGAAUGAGUCAAGACUCACCCAUCGAAAAGGAGUCAAGGCCUAUUGGCCGAAAGGCUAUGAAGGCAAAAAGAUGGAGUAAUUCUAGCAAUAAUACAUCAAAAUAUUUGGAGAAAAUUGCAAGGCACAGCGCCAUGAGAAUUGAAAUAGACAUGAAAACCCAAGCGGACAAUAGGGCAAUUCAAGUAGAAUAUGCAAAAGAAAGGGAGUAUUUGCACAAAGAAAACAUUGAUAAGAAGGAUCGGGAAACCAUGGCCAUGGAUACAAGCCAUAUGUCCUUUGAAACAAAAUAA